AGAAAACCACGCGAACCCAAACCACGCGCCCCCUCCCCCCUCUCACAAAACAACCAAACACAGCAAAAAAGCAGUUUUCACUAUUCACCCUCUCACCCAUUACCCGCUGCCCGCUUCCACCCGCCGCUACCCCAACGAUUCAACAACAAAGAACUACAACUCCCCUCGAACAGGCAGCAAAGAACUGCGCUUCCCAGAAUUCCGCAGCCCGGUGCUGCUGGCCAGGAAGGGCUCGCGCGGCCCCCAUCAUCAGCACCAGCUUUGUGCUGCAGAGGAGGCGGCGGAGCAGCAACAUCCUGGGAACAAAAUCCUGGAUCAAUUGCAUGUUCUUCAGCAAAGACGCCCUUCAUACUGUGCCGGAGCAAACAGGGAGACGCGGGGAUGGGCGACCAGAAGGACGGGAUGCAGAAGAUCAUCACCACGCUGGCCGUGAAGAACGAGGAGAUCCAGAACUUCAUUCUGCUGCUGAAACAGAGUCUGCAAAAUAUAGAGGUGAACUCCAGUCAGGCUCAGGCAGAGCUGGAGUCGGAGUUCAGCUCUCUAUACAACGUCCUGGACGAGCUGAAGGACAGCAUGCUGACCAAGAUCAAGCAGGAGAGAGCGAGCAAGACCUACGAGCUACAGACUCAGCUGAGCGCGUGCACGAAGGCGCUGGAGAGCUCGGAGGAGCUGCUGGAGCUGGCCAAUCAGACACUGUGCACGGCCGAGAGUGACGACUUCAUCCAGGCUGCCAGGCAGAUUAAGGAUAGUGUUACCAUGGCACCCGCGUUCCGCCUGUCUCUCAAGGCCAAGGUCAGCGACAGCAUGAGCCACCUGAUGGUGGACUUCAGCCGGGAAAGAAGCCAACUGAAGAGCCUGUCCUUCCUGCCAGUCCCCGGGACCCCUGUGAUCGAUCUCUCCCAGUGCCUGGUUGCUGAUAACUGCGUGACUGUGGUGUGGAGCGUCCCGGGGGAGGAUGCCAAGAUUGAGCACUUCGACCUGGAGUACCGGCGCACCGACCACGAGGGGGCUCCACGCGGCAGAGAGGAGCACCCCUGGAUGGUGGUGGAGGGGAUCAGAGGGAGCGAGUACACCUGAGAGGUCAGCGGUUCGACACGCGGGUUCAUGACGUUCCGUGUGAAGGCGUGUAACAAGGCCGUGGCGGGAGAAUUCUCCGAGCCCGUUACCCUGGAAACCAGCGCCUUCGUGUUCAAGCUGGACUCUGGCUCCUCUCAUCAGAACCUGCGUGUGGAGGGUCUCAGUGUGGAGUGGGACUCGACGGGGGGGAAGGUGCUGGAGAUGAAGAAGGAGAUGAAGACCCGGCCGGCCUCCCCGCUCAACUCCCCGGCCAGGUCCGCCAUGAUGAUGUCACCCAAGAGAACGCCUAUGGCGCGGGGGAGCCGGGAUCGAUUCACAGCCGAGUCCUACACUGUGCUGGCGGACACUGCGCUGGACUGCGGGCAGCACUACUGGGAGGUGCGUUUCGAUAAGGACAGCAAGGCGUUCGCGGCCGGCCUCGCGCUGCGCUCCCUCGGGAAGUUCGACCAGCUCGGCAAGACUAGCGCCUCCUGGUGUCUGCAUCUGAACAACUGGCUGCAGACCAGCUUCACCGCCAAGCACAACAACAAGGCCAGGAGCCUGGAGGGGCCGGUGCCAGACAGGCUGGGGGUGCACUGCAGCUACGAGGAGGGUCUCCUCUCAUUCUAUAACGCUCACACCAAGCAGCUGCUCCACACCUUCAAGACCAAGUUCACUCAGCCUGUGGUACCGGCCUUCAUGGUGUGGAACGGAAGCUUCUCGGUGCAGACCGGCCUGCAGGUCCCGAGCACCAUCAAGUGUCUCCAGAAACGCAACAGCGGAACCAGCAGCUCCACCGCCAGCCUGACCUAGAACCGGGGAGCGGCGCCUAGAACCGGGGAGCGGCACCUAGAACCGGGGAGCGGCACCUAGAGCUUCCCCAAGCGCAUUCCCACUUACAUGAAUGCAGUCGCAAUAUAUCCGAAUAUACCGUGUGCUUGUGUGCGCGCGUGUGUGCUCGUAUGUGCGUCCGUGUGCUUGUGUGUGUGUGCGCGCGUAUGUUCGUAUGUGUGUGCGCACGCGUGUGUUCGUAUGUGUGUGUGCGCUCGUGUGUGUAUGUGUGUGCGCACGCGUGUGUGCUUGGGUUUGUGUGUGUGCUCGUGUGUGUGUGUGUGUGCGCACGCGUGUGUAUGUGUGUGCGCACGCGUGUGUGCUUGGGUUUGUGUGUGUGCUCGUGCGUGUGUGUGCUCGUGUGUGUGCUCAUGUGUGUCCUUGUAUGUGUGUGUGUGCUCGUGUGUGUGCGUGCACGUGUGUGUGUGUGUGCGUGCGCGUGUGUGCGUGCUCGUAUGUGUGCGCGUGUGCUCGUGUGUGUGUGCUUGUAUGUGUGUGUGUGCUCGUGUGUGUGCGCGUGUGUGCGUGCUCGUAUGUGUGCGCGUGUGCUCGUGUGUGCGUGCUUGUAUGUGUGUGUGUGCUCGUGUGUGUGCCUGCGCGUGUGCUCGUGCUGCACAGGCUGCUAUUGCUGCAUUUUUAAUUAACUUCAUGGGGUUGUUUUUAAUACUGUGGAUGGUGCCACCUAGUGGCUCCUGUACUGGCCCGGGUCUGCAAGUUCUGUAGCGAUGAUGUCACAAUACCCCCGUGAGAGACGGGGAGACAGACAGGCAAUCGGGGAGGCAGUGAGACUAAAUAAACACAUUUAUGAAAUCCUGUGAUCCCAAAAGCUAUAGAUUAUAGAUGUUUUUUUUGUAUCAAUAUGAAGUCAUUAAUGUUUACCCUGGAAUCGACACAAGAAACUCUUCCCAGGAGAGUUUCCUCAGCUCAGCUCUGCAAAGGAAGGCUGGGUAGCCCUUCCCAUUACCAGAGUAACCUUACCCAAUUAUAGUAGGAAUAACACUGAGCAUAACUAUAUAGAAACAUGCGUAACCUUCAGGUAUGUAGUGUUGAAGUUCAUACUUCCUGAACUAAGAUUUUUCAUUAUGCUGUUCAGCUUUAAAUUGAGUACACUGGUGAUUACCCUGCCUGACCAGCAGGUGUCACCAUGGCUCCUCAACUGUGACAAAUGGAAUUUUUAUACAGCAAAAUUUGGAGUCUUGAUUUCGGGGAGGGGAGGGGGAGACGAGACGAGAUUAAGAAUCAUGAAUGUUUUAAAAAUCAGUGCAAAUUAAAAUCUGCUUUUUUUCAUGA